GAGAGAUAUCUGCAGAGAGAGGUCAACAGCUCCACACAUAUACUGUACAAUGCGUUUUAACGAUUGCAGUAGAAAUACAUUCAGAUUUACGGAACGAAACGAUUACGGAUCAGUAAACAGCGGUUUGGGUCAGGUCUGAAGAGCAGAAGGCUGCAGAUAUUAAUCUCACUGCUGUGGCACGGUGUGUGUGUGAGAGUGUGUGUGUGUGUGUGUGAGAGUGUGAGUGUGUGUGAGAGUGUGUUUGUGAGUGUGUGUGAGAUUGUGUGUGUGUGAGUGUGUGUGAGAGUGUGUGUGAGUGUGUGUGAGUGUGUGUGAGAGUGUGUGUGAGCAGUAGAUCAUGCCGGAGCAGAGCAAUGACUACCGGGUGGUGGUGUUCGGGGCGGGUGGGGUGGGCAAGAGCUCGCUGGUCCUGCGCUUCGUGAAGGGCACGUUCCGGGACACCUACAUCCCCACGGUGGAGGACACCUACCGCCAGGUGAUCAGCUGCGACAAGAGCGUGUGCACCCUGCAGAUCACCGACACCACGGGCAGCCACCAGUUCCCCGCCAUGCAGCGCCUGUCCAUCUCCAAGGGCCACGCCUUCAUCCUGGUGUACUCCGUCACCAGCCGCCAGUCGCUGGAGGAGCUGAAGCCCAUCUACCAGCAGGUGCUGUCCAUCAAGGGCAGCGUGGAGAGCAUCCCCGUCAUGCUGGUGGGCAACAAGAGCGACGAGUCGCAGCGUGAGGUGGAGACCAAGGAGGGCGAGGCCCAGGCGGCCGCCUGGAAGUGCGCCUUCAUGGAGACGUCGGCCAAGAUGAACUACAACGUGAAGGAGCUGUUCCAGGAGCUGCUCAACCUGGACAAGAAGAGGAACAUGAGCCUGAACCUGAGCGGAGGGAAGAGCAAGCACUCCGACAAGCUGAAGGGCAAGUGCAGCGUGAUGUAG